AUGUCACAAGCAAAGCCCGUGCUGAAACUAAAGUUGAAGUCAGGCUCGCUCUCUUCAGCUGCCAGACCCCAGGAUGCCUCUCCAGCAGACAUCCCAGCCUCAGCAACAUCAACCAGCACACCCAAGAUCAAACUCAAAGUUGGCAAGAAACAAACGACAUCCGAAGCACCAACCUCAACUCCACCCACCGCCCAACCUCCCAAAAAAGCAAAGCGAGCCCCAAAGCCCACGCCUAAGAAGCGUGCAGCCGAAGAAGAGGCCAUACAGGAUGAUUCUGAGUCCGACCAAGUAGCCUCGAUCUCCCGUCCCAUCAAGAAAAUCAAGCUCACUUCUCGCGCCCCAUCCUCCUCUGGCACCACAUCGCUCAAAAUCAAAGCAAAAGGCAAACCACUGAAGUACUACCGCCCCUAUGGCGUCGGCUACGACAGCGAAGCCUCCGAUCAAGAAGACGACCCUACGAUCAUCGAACAAUUCAUCUUACGCAUGCAGCCUGGAGAAGACUGUGAUUACCUCCGCGCAGCAGUCACGAAUCGUAACUUUGGGAAGGUGAGCGAGGGUGGGGCGGACGUGAAGAUGCGCUUCCUCAGCAAAGACGGAAGGAGAGCAGCUGUGAUUAUUCGCAAGAAAAUCUAUGCGGCCAUCUUGGUCGACUUGCCGUGUAUCAUCGAAGCCAUGAAGUCUUGGGAGAAGAAGAAUUUCUGGAAGAGCGCCGAUAUCUGCCAGAUGCUACUCGUGCUGGGGGUGUGCAGGAGCGAGGAGGAAGCGGAGCGGUAUCCGCUGCCUACGAAAGGGGGGAGCUGGAUGAGAAGACGUGGCAGUGGGCGCAUGGGAUUACGCCGCCGAUGCGUGCGGGCGGUCGAAGAGGAUGAGAAGGAGGUGGAGCGAUUGUUGAAGGCCGAUCGGGAUUGUGUGCCGGGCACAAGCAGGUAUAGGGUCUUUGAGAGCGUGGAUGAUUAUGAUCGGGAGCAGAGUAUGGCGAACGAGGAUGUUGAGGAUAGUGAGGAUGAAGAUGAGGAUGCAGAUGCAGAGGGGGAGGUGGAUGAGCCGCAGACUGUGGAGCCGGAGACUGCAAACGCUGGAGAUGAUGAUGACGACGAUGAUAUUUUCGCUAUGGAGAUGGAGAAGGAGAUGGCCGCGCAUGCCGACAAGGCUGCUGCUACUGCCUCUGCUUCUGUGGCUGCCACGCCCCAGGAUUCGUCGUCGGCGCCGCAAUCGCCUGCCAUGGCCAACGUACAGGCUAUGGAGUCGCCUGCUGCUGCUACAACUUCUGGCGAUGAAGAUGAGGAGGAAGAGGAGUCUGAUGAAGAUGAAGACGAUGCUACCCUCGCAGAGGAUCCGGAUGCUGUGGAGGCGGCACAGGAGCUGCAGAGGCAAAAGGAGGAGAUUGCGGACCUGGAGGCUGCUAUUUCGAGGGAGAGAGAGGCGCUGAAUAGGACUGCGAAUGCGAUUUUGAGGAGCAAGAUUGUGAAGAGAUUAGAGGGGUUGGAGGGCGACUUGGAAGGGAGAAGGAGAGCGCUUGGUGGCGAGGAGGGAGAAGGGGAGUGA